UUCCAUUCAUUCACAGACUCAUCCAGAACAUCCCCCCUUCUCUCUCUCUCUCUCUCCACCACGAUCUCCACCGCCACCAUGGAGUACAGGAACCUUGAUCUGACCGUCAUCUCCGCCAGGGACCUCAAGGACGUGAACCUCAUCUCCAAGAUGGACGUCUACGUCGUCGUCUCCCUCGAGGGCGACCACCGCGGCCCCCAGAAGUCCAAGUCCCCCGCCAACCGCGACGGCGGCCGCAACCCGGUCUGGAACUUCCCCGUCAAGCUCUACGUCGACGAGCCCUCCGCCCAGCAGAACCGCCUCACCCUCCGAUUCAAGCUCCGCUGCGACCGCGCCCUCGGCGACAAGGACGUCGGCGAGGUCGUCGUCCCCGUCAAGGAGCUCCUCAACUCCCCCGCCCCCGCCCACGCCGACGGCAAGGCGACGUCGCAGCCGCCCACCGUGACCUACCAGGUGCGCAAGCCGUCCGGGAAGCAAGGGGAGCUCCACUUCUCCUACAAAUUCAGUGACAAGCUCACCGCCGCCGAUCACUCGGCCGCCCCCAAGGCUGACGUGGCGGUCACGGCUUACCCGGUCCAGGCCGGCCCGAGUGGGUCCUACGGAGAAGUUUACCCGCCUCCCCCGGCCGGCGGAUACCCGCCCCCGCCGCCCCCAGGAUACGCAUACCCGCCUCCGCCUCCGGCUGGGUAUCCGCCGCCGCCGCCGCCGCAGUACGGCGCUUAUGGGUAUCCUCCGCCGCCCCCGGCAGGCUACGGGUACGCGCAGCCUCCGCCGCCGGGCUACGGGUAUUACCCGAACCAGCAGGCGCAACAGGCUCCGAAGAAGAACAAGUUCGGGUUGGGAUUAGGGGCCGGGUUGGCGGGAGGGCUGCUCGGCGGGCUGCUGAUCGGAGACAUGGUGUCCGACGCGGGCGGCUACGACGGUGGCUGCGACGGCGGAUUUGGAGAUAUGGGUGGAUUUUAAAUUUUGCCUUAACUUUUUCGAUGUAGAUUUUUUUUUUUUAUUUGUAGAUCUAGCUUGCCUGAUGUGCAUGUAUGUUGGUUGUUGACAAUUACAAGGUAUGUGAGUGUUCCAAUUUUUUUUUUUGUAUGUCGCUGUUCUAAAAAAUAAUAUCAUUUCCUAUAAUAAUUUUAGUAUUGCUUAUAA